CGGCAAAAAAAAAAAAAAAAAAAAAUCUUCAUGGCUGGAAGAAGUCGACAGUGAUCCGAGCGGCUAGGCUAAGCUAAGGCUGGGUUGGGCUUUGGUGGAGGGGACGGUUCUGAAUUUUUAGAUGGAACAUUCGAGUUAAUUAGCCUUGAAGAAAAAGAACCGCAGGAGCGAACAGUCAUCGACCCCCAGAAGCCUGCUCCUUCUUCUCCUUCUGCUUGCUCCUGUGUGGCGGUGACCGAAUUGGUACCAUGGCAGCUACUUUAUCGGCCGAGGAAGAACAGGCCACCAGGCAGUUCCUGGAGGAAAUCACCCAGUGGACCAAUCAGCAUGGAGUCUCGCCGCUCUCCAGAGAAUUGGCUGUCAAGUUCCUCAUGGCCCGCAAGUUCGACGUUCUCAGAGCCAUCGAGCUGUUCCACAGCUACAGGGAAACGCGUCUCAAAGAAGGAAUCGUCAGACUUCAACCUCAGGAAGAACCUCUGCGUUCCGAGCUGCUCAGUGGAAAGUUCACAGUGCUGAGUGCAAGGGAUCCAUCGGGAGCCUCCAUCGCCUUGUACACUGCCAAACUUCAUCACCCAAACAAGACGGGCAACCACGUCGUUCUGCAGGCACUCUUCUACCUCCUGGAUCGCGCAGUAGAGAGCUUUGAGACCCAGAGGAAUGGCUUGGUGUUCAUAUACGACAUGGCCGGUUCCAACUACACAAACUUUGAGCUGGACCUGAGCAAGAAGAUCCUCAACUUACUGAAGGGGGCGUUCCCUGCCAGGCUGAAGAAGGUGUUGAUUGUUGGAGCCCCGGUGUGGUUUCGGGUACCCUACAACCUGCUCAGUCUGCUACUGAAGGAGAAACUUCGGGAGAGGGUCCAGAUGGUAAAGAUGGCCGAACUGCGGCAGCAUCUCCCAAGGGACUGCCUGCCCCAGCACCUUGGUGGCCUGCUUCCCCUGGACGCCUUCAGCUGGAACCAGCAGCUUCUGGCGGGCCAGAACGGUCGCGUGGACCCCGUGGAUGAGUUGGUGGGCAUCCCCCUGGAAGACUCUUCCAUUCACGUCCCAGGACCCGAAUCCAUGCGCCCACAGGAGCUGCUGACUCACCUCGGCAGGCUUCAACGCUCCGGCAUCCACCUGGAGUACGAGGAGCUCCGGAAAGAAGCUCCGCCAGGAACCUUCCAUUGUGCACAAGCAGUCUACAAUCUGGAAAGGAAUCGAUAUGGAGACGUUCUGUGCCUUGAUCAAACAAGAGUCCACCUGAAACCCAGAAGGAACGAGAGAUCUGACUACAUCAACGCCAGCUUUAUGGAUGGCUAUAAACAGAAGAAUGCAUAUAUCGGUACUCAAGGCCCACUGGAAAAGACCUACGGUGACUUCUGGAGAAUGGUUUGGGAACAAAAUGUGCUUGUUGUCGUCAUGACUACCAGGACAGAGGAGGGCAGUCGAAAGAAGUGUGGACAGUACUGGCCUCUGGACGAAGGCGGGCAGGAGGUCUAUGGCCACAUAGCGGUGGUGAGUCAAAGGGUGGACCACCACACCCACUACAACCACACCACCCUCGAGCUGCACAACACUGAGACGUGUGAACAGAGACAACUGAGUCACUUCCAGUACCUCAGCUGGCCCGACUACGGCGUCCCAACCUCGGCAGUGACUCUCAUCGACUUCCUGCAGGCCGUGAAGAGACAACAGUGGAAUAUGAUCAAGGCUUUGGGACCUCAGUGGACGGAACACCUGCAGGGACCCCCCAUGGUGGUCCACUGUAGCGCAGGGAUAGGGAGGACAGGUACCUUCUGUGCCCUAGACAUCUGCCUGUCCCAGCUACAAGAUGUGGGCUCGCUGAAUGUGUGCCAGACGGUGCGACGCAUGAGAACCCAGAGGGCCUUCAGUAUCCAAACCCCAGACCAGUACUACUUCUGCUACAACGCCAUUUUGGAGCACGCCCAAAGGCAAGGCCUACUCCCUGCCAAUCAGUGAGCUGCAGUUCAGUCCUCACCCCUAAACGUUGAUUAUGCCCCCCGCACCACCCAGAAUUCUGCUGUUCGCCCGAGACGCAUGUCUUGGCAUAUGCUGUCCUUUUCUUUCUUGGGACCAUUUGUCAGCAUGUGACAAUGUGUAUGUGUGCGUGUGUGUGAGACAUCCCGCAAACAGGUGGUGAGUGAACACACUGCUGUUGUUUUAGGAUCUCAUUGCAUGGCAGUCCAAGCAGUAAACGGAAAGGGAAAAAAUGUAAACCGUAGAAGUUUAGCGCUAACUAUUCCUACACAAACACGGCUAUUUGGAAAAACAUGAGUCAUCAAUAGUGAUUGUAUUGUUUUGUAUACUGUAAACCCUGCACAAUAGGGAUUGAGCCAUGUCGUGAGUAAUUAACACACCCCAAAAAUAGUUCAUUAUAUACAGUCCCCUCCAAAAGUAUUGGAACACCAAGGUCAAUUCCUUUGUUUUUGUUGUAUACUGAAGACAUUUGGGUUUAACAUCAAAAGAUGAUUAUGAAUUCCAGCUUUUAUUUCAUGGUAUUUACAUCUAGAUGUGUUAAACUCAGGACACAGCACCUUUUGUUUGAAGCCACCCACUUUUCAAGUCAGCAAAAGUAUUGGAACAUGUGACUGAUUUCUAGUUGCUCAGGUGUUUAGAUUGAUUGCUUAAACAUUAUAGUGCUUGUUUUGGGCUUUGGGUUUCACCUCUGAAAACUGCAUUUGCUGUUAAGCAAACAUGAAGACCAGAGGGCUGUCUAUGUCACCGUUCCAAUACUUUUGGAGGUGACUGUAUAUUUAUAAUUGAAACCGUAAAUAGACCACAAACUACGACCACAAAACAGUUUUGAUUUCAAACUCAACUUUACCCUAAAAACUAAAUGGCUUACAUACACGUGCUAAAGAUGUCAAGAAGUAUCACUUAAACAUACUACCUUGACACUAAUUACUACUUUCCCAUACAUAGCUACAUUAACACUUUGGGGGACAUCUUGUAGCUUCUUUGGGCGUUACAGAAAGAGCACAAAACUAUGCCGAGAGCCGCGAAUAGGUGAGUUUUUCAACAAAUAGCUGAGGAGCUACAAAAAAGAAACACGAAUAGUCGUAAACCCCAAAAAGAGUUCCUGUGUUUUACAGUAUAUGUGGCAAUUGUUUUUUUUUGGGGGGGGGGGGGGGUGAAAUAUCCCUUUAAAAAAUGCACAGAUUUCUUCAGGCGGGGAAACAUGGCCGUCAAGUUGCCCUUUUCGCCUUAUGGGUCUAAAUAAAUAAUUUAGUUUUUUAAUUUUUUUUAAAGCACAAGUUGGAUGUCGAAGUAGCUAGUACGCGUUAGCAGCGACUUUACCGUCGCACAACAAGACAAAACACAAUGACACGACCAGUCCACUCACACAUUGCCAUCACACAUUCCUUCCAUUUUCUAUCUCGAUUAUCCUUAUUAGGGUCUGGACUGGUUGCCAACCAAUUAUAUACAAACGAGGCAAUGUAGAGUCUUCAAUGAAGCUCAUGUUACUGAAAGAAAAUCAACGCAAGCGUGGGAGAACGUGCAAACUCUCACACGGGAAAGCCAGAUUUGAACCCCCAACCUCAGUUGUGUGAAGCGAAUGUGCUCACUCAUCCACUGUGCCGCCCAUUACACAUUACCUCCUCUAUAAAAGGACAUUCCUCAAGAAAAGACAAGUGUUUGUGACCACUGAAUCUCUGUUCAAUCAGAUGAGACCUCAUGAGUGGUGCAAUAUUUUCUCCUUAUAAACACACACACCCAAAGAAAUAUUAGGACCACACUGAAAACAAAAGAAAAUUGUGUUGCGAAGAUUAAGUUGGUAAAGGUUGGAGCCGAAAGUAAUAUUUUUCAUGACUAAAGUUGUCAUUUUAAGCAAGAAAUCUAAAAAAAAAAAAAUUAUCCUUGUAAUAUUACACCCUCUCCUAAAACUUAAUUUGUUCCUUGUAAUAUUUUGACUUUAUUCUCAUAAAAUCACUUAUUCACCCCCAAAGAUCGUAAUUUGUUUUAUGAAAUAUUUCAAACUUAACUUACAAAAAUCGCAGAAACAAUUACGCCCAAUUACGACUUGGUAAAAUUAGGAAAUUUCUUUUGCUUCUUGUACUAAUUCAACUUAACAUUGAGACUCUGUGUAUUCAAAUUAAUAUUACUGCUUUUUGUACAAUUAUUGCUUCUAAAAAUGUUUACUUCAAAAUGUUAAUUUUAUUCUUUGCCAAGUUUUUUCUCUGAAUAUUUAACAUUUUCUUUAUUGCUGUUAAAGACUUGUUUGUCGCCGUAUUCAAAAGAUUCUCGUAUUCUCAUUCUCGUAAAUUUUGUUUUUUGUAAUACUACGUCAUUAAAAAAAAAUUUAUUCCCAUAAAAUUACAGGCUUUUAUUCAUAUUACAACAUAGAUUUUUGAUAUUUCGAUUUACUUUUUUCUUAAUACCCCCAAAAAUCUGAUCGUUAGAUUAGGUUUCAAGUAUGAUUACGUUUUAUUCUCAUAAACUGUGACCAAUUUAUUCGUUGGCCGUCAGAAAUUACAACUUUUCCCCCCUCACAAAAUUACGAGUAAAAUGAUGAUUGAAUGUGGAUAUUCGCACACUAACCUAAACACAACUUCUUCUUUUUUCUCCUAUUACAGCUUCUCGUAAAAUUUAAAACAUUUGUUCCUCCUAAUAUUUUUAUUCCACGCUUUUUUCCCUGAGAAAUUACAACUUUAAUCUCAUGAAUUUGGAUUUUUGUUUCUCUGGAUAUUUCCAUUUUUCUUAAAAUUCAGCCUUAGUCCAAUAAAAGACGACAAAAUAAUUCUUGUAAAAAUUACAACAGAAACAUUCUCUUUAUAUUAGAACUUUAAAACUCUUUCUUUCUAAUAGCACCCUCUUUUUUUUUUUUUUUUGCCUCUUCAGUGUGGUCCUAAUACAACAUCUCACGCAUGCACACGUCACCUCUUAGCACUUUUCACUAAAAGCCCCAAUAUGCUUGGAAAUGUCAGCCGUGAUGUCUGUAGAGAUAAUAUAAAUAUGAACCAUUUAUUGACCUCAAGGGUCUCUCGAAUGCACACGUGUGCCUACCUUAAGUCCCAAGUGAUGUGUGAACUGUUUAAAAAAAUAGAAUGCGUAUGUUGCUUUUAAGUUCCAGACUGUGGUUGUAAAUGUGUGCUUUCAACUGGCCACAUUGUUUUUAAGUAUAUAUGUAUGUACAAUAUCAGAGUAUACUGUAUGUGUGUCAUGUAACAUGUUGUUGCCGGGUCAAGAACUGUUUAUUUUUUUUUGUGUUGACUACAGAAUUCAUAUUGAAUUUACUUGUAGCGAAGCAAUUUUACGUCAGCCAUGUUCAUGAUUUUAUUUUAUUUUUUCCCCCUUCCUUCAAAGCUGAACUGUGGCCUAUUUUUAUUUUUCUAUGGUAUUCAACCGCUGUUUUCAUACAGGAUAUACAGUUAUCUACAUUAAUUUUAUAUAUGUUCCGUUAUAACCUAUUACUGUACUUUAUCAUUCUUGUGAAUACUGAAUCAAGCUAUACUGUAAUAAAUACAAACUAUGUCAA